AUGGCAAAUUAUGCAUUAGAUCUUGGUAAUGGCUAUCCAAAAAGUGAAGAACUGAAAGAGGAUGCGAUAUUGCAAAUUGGUGAUAUGUGGCGAGACAUCCAGGGUGCAAAUAACUGGAAGGGCUUGCUUGAUCCAAUUCAUCCGCUUCUCAAAGCAGAGAUACUCGGAUAUGGUGAUUUUGCACAGCAAUGCUACGACACAUUUGAUAAUACUCGGUCUUCCCAAUACUAUGGGAAUUCUAAGCGCUCCAAAAGCUCACUAGGACAGAGAUUGGGUUCUGUGAAAUGUGGGCGUGGUUAUCAAGUCACCGAAUAUAUAUACGCCAAUACUGGAACCCUAAAAUCGUUUUUCCGCGAGAAAUGGAGGGAUACCGGCGCUUGGAUGGGAUUUAUUGCUGUUUGCACAGACCCAAAUGAGAUAAAAAGAUUGGGUAGGCGUGAUAUAGUUGUUGCGUGGAGAGGCACGGAAACACCCCAUGAAUGGAUGCAAAAUCUCAAAGACAUAUUAGUUCCUGCUGUUCUAUCGGCUAGUACAAAAUCCAACAUCCAAUCUACUUUCAAACCUCAUGUUCGGAUAGAGAAGGGAUUUUUAACAUGUUAUACCUCAGUUGAUGAAGGAUCCGGAAGAUCUAGGCUCAGUGCAAGAGAGAUUGUUGUGGCUGAAAUAAAAAGUUUAUUGAAUAAUUUCAAAGAUGAAGAUGUGAGUAUAACGUUCACUGGACACAGCUUGGGAGCUGCGCUGGCAACCAUAAGUGCAUAUGAUAUAAAACAGAUGGUGAUGAAUGAAUAUUACAUUAGGUCAAUACCUGUCACGGUUUUUGCCUUUGCCUCUCCACGUGUGGGAAACUUAUCAUUUGCUCAACACGUUGAGGAGAUUGGAGUCAAAGUGCUGCGGCUGGUGAAUAAGAAGGAUUUCGUUCCUAAAGUUCCUGGGAUUAUCGUUAAUGAGAAAAUGGGUUGGCUCGCUAGAAUUCUGCAUUGGUUUCCAUGGACAUAUGUUCAUGUGGGAAUCGAGAUUACUUUGGAUAGCAGCAACUCACAAGUGCUGAAGCAAACUUAUAAUCCUUCUAGCUUUCACAAUUUAGAAGUUUAUCUCCACUUAGUGGAUGGGCUUCCACAGAACAACAAUCUGCCUUUCAAAUUGCCACGAAGAGAUCCAGCUCUGGUCAACAAGAAUUCCGACUUAUUGAUUAGAGAGCUUCAAAUUCCAUCUUACUGGUGGACACAGAGAAAUAAAGAAAUAGUGAAACGCAUAGAUGGGAAGCUGGUAUACUCUCCCAGAUCUCCCACUGCUGUUUCUAUUACUGAAUCCCCUUCGCUACUCAUCUCUAAUUUAGUAAUUGUAUUAGAGGUGGUUGUUGCUCUUUUCGGAGUUAUGAGUUUCUUCCACGUUGGAAGUCGAAUCUAG